UUCAUGAGCAAAUUUGAUAAAGGGUUAAUGGUAAAGUGCAUGGAAUAGUUCAGUCAGGUAUCCAUGACCUCAUAAAUGUAUGACCUUAAUAAUUACCUUCAGAUCUUCUCGUAAUCAAUAGGCCACCCUCGAAGGGGUUCAGUGUUCACUCAGAUAUAUGAAUGGUUCGUAAUUUCCAGUUGGUGACACAUUUUCUCCACCUAGCCCCGAUCCGACGUUAAUUCGUACUAAGCUGGGUCACGAGGUGUAUGUAUCUCUACUUGGACAAAGUCUCAAAACAAUUUCUGAGUGUAUACUCAACUAGUGGCAAUUCAGACCGGAGUGCGAAAAUUUCAACAACAACAAUGGCACACGUGGAUCUCCGUCAGUUACCGCGGGAACAGAUCAAGCUCUUGAAGCCUCGUCGCGACUUGGCCUCAGUUUUUGAUGAGUUUCGUAUCGACGACGCACGCUUCCUUGAAGAAUGUGAAGGUAGAAGCCGCUGCUGCCAGUGCGGCCAGUCCCGGAAAUAUUUCUGCUACACUUGCUGCUUGCCUUUGGAAAGAUUCAGAGACAGAGUUCCUAAAGUGCAGCUUCCGUUCGCUGUGGAUAUUGUGAAGGACGCGCGGGAAAUUGCAGGCAAAAGCACGGCCGUACACGCGCCCAUCCUGGCGCCUGGGCACGUGAAGCUCUACACGUAUCCUGACAUUCCGGAGUACAGCGACGCUUCCGAGCGGGUAGUUCUAAUAUUCCCCGGGCGCGGGUCUUUGCCGCUAAGCGCACUGCUGCCGAAGACCUCCACCAGCUCACGCUCUGACAGCUCCUUGCCCUUCGACCGCGCGGUGCUGGUGGACUGCACAUGGAACCAAGUCAAGACGAUCCUGCGGGACCCUAGAAUUGCUGGGCUGAAGCGAGUUGAAUUAUCACAGCACGAAACGCUGUUUUGGCGCUACCAGACCGGAAAACCAAACACUUAUCUGGCUACCAUAGAGGCUUUGUAUUACUUCACUCUCGACGUCCACAAGUUCAUGGUCCAUCGUACAUCGUCGUCCAAUAAAGACGACAUGGAUCAACAUACUAAGCAGCGUUCAAUGUGUCAUGAAAUUGAGACAGAAGUUCUGAUAGAUUCACGACCAGCAAAUUCUGAGAAGUUGGAAUUGAAGAAAAUUUCUUCUAGUCAAAAAUUGGAGGAUCAAAGAUCGUCUACAUGUGACAAUAAAGCAAUAUUCACUCGUGCAGAAAAUGAAUUGAUUGCAUCGAGUGCGUUGCCAGCAUCCACUGAAUAUCUUGCCUCCAUUAUUAAUGAAGGAGCAGAAUCUCCGUCGAACAAAUUUAGUGACUAUAAUGUUCAAUCUAGUGAUUUAUUAAAUCUUAGCGAGCAGCAAUUUACCUGCACAACUGAACAUGCCUCAGUCGUGACUCCACUGAAUGAAAUUCGAAUUUCCAGCGAGGUAAAAACGGCCUCGGCUUCAGAAAGCCAGUACGUGAGCGCUUGUAAGGCUGCGUUGGUCGAAGAAUCCACGUCAAAAUGUUUCGGAAAAUAUUCCACGAAUUCUACAGAUGAUUGGUCCAUAAAUGUUGCUCAUGUACCUCACACUUCAAGAAAUUCUACAAAAAUUCCUAAGAGAAAUGUCAAUAAUUAUUUAAAAGUAACCGAAGCACCCGGUUCUGAAUGUUGCGAAGAUUUAAAGAUUGAAUCUAUACAUAGAAGUAGGACUGAUGAAGCCGAGAAAACGGUCCAUACAGGUGAUGGAGGAAAUGCCAUGUCACGGCAUGACAAUAGUUUGGGUGCCAUCAAGAGUCCUCCUGUCAUUAGUGACACGAGUGUAGGAAUAACGCACGCCAGUACCGUUGAAAUAUCCGACUGUGGAUAUUGUGAAGGACGCGCGGGAUUUUUCUUCAAGGAAAAUUCUGCACAAAAGCACUUGGAAGGCGUGAAAACCGCUGACGAUGACAACGAAACAGAUGAAAUAAAAAUAGCGUAUGCUGGUAAAGCUGUUCCAAUAAGGAGACCGAGUGAUGAUCAACAAGAUUCCGUUGAAGAGAGAAUGACUAAUGAUGACAAAGCAAUGGUGGCAGGUCAACCGAGUGAACAGUUGUUCAUAGACGAAUGCUGUCAUCAGUUCGACAAUUUAUUGUUUUAUUUCAAAUUCAUGUUUGACAAAAUCCAUAACUUAUACGGGGCUGAAACUCUACGAGCUUAUAAAUAAUUGCAGCUCAAACAUCGCUUUAGUCAUUCCAUGUUGUUAAUUAAAGGAGUUGGUCUAGCUACAAGUCGUGAAAAUGAUUAUCUUAUGGAGUUUCUUCAUUCAGGUCAACUAUAUAAUACUGUAUAUUGUUAACGAAGUUAACAUUUAUUAACUUCGACGUUAAAACUUGUUAACAGCACAUAAAAAUGGUUAUUUUUUGUUCUAUUUUAGAGUAGAAAAAUCAAAUCUGCGUUUCGAAAUGAAAUUCGGCAGACAGUUUGUGGUAUAGAAUUAAUGUAUUCCACGGUAAAAGGGAAAUACACGAAUUUUUCCAUUACUAACAAUGAAUUUAUGUAAUCUUGUUUUCUGUUUCAUUCUGUUCCAACACGAAGUAUCUUAUACAUUCUGUUCCCGUAUGUUCAUUUCUAUUACAAAUUAUUCAUAUCAUCCGAAACGUGAGAAUAUCAUUUUUCUAACUAGUAUCGACCUUUUAAUGCACUAGGAUGGAUAAAAAAUAAUCUUCAACUUUCCUUUAUCCAGCCUAAUAAUGAUGAAUUACUAGAUAUUUCUAUAAUAAAAUCUACUCCUAGAGCCAGGCGAAGAACGUCGCACGACACCAUAGCUGGACGCAUAAUUUUUUCCGCUCAUAUUAUACCAAUAAUCAUAAUAGUAUACAAGGAUUUUAUUUCCUCUACAGUGUUCUGGAGAACGCCUAGUCAUAUAUAAAUAAUUCCUCUCAGUCCCACUCGUCCCACUCUCAGCUUCGUCUGGUGAGACCCACUCUCAGCCAUGUCUGGUGAGGCCCACUCUCAGCCAUGUCUGGUGAGGCCCACUCUCAGCCAUGUCUGAUGAGGCCCACUCUCAGCUUCGUCUGGUGAGGCCCACUCUCAGCCAUGUCUGGUGAGGCCCACUCUCAGCUUCGUCUGGUGAGGCCCACUCUCAGCCAUGUCUGGUGAAGGCCACUCUCAGCCUCGUCUGGUGAGGCCCACUCUCAGCCUCGUCUGGUGAGGCCCACUCUCAGCCUCGUCUGGUGAGGCCCACUCUCAGCCUCGUCUGGUGAGGCCACUCUCAGCCUCGUCUGGUGAGGACACUCUCAGCCCCGUCUGGUGAGGCCCACUCUCAGCCUCGUCUGGUGAGGCCACUCUCAGCCUCGUCUGGUGAGGCCCACUCUCAGCCUCGUCUGGUGAGGCCCACUCUCAGCCUCGCCUGGUGAGGCCAAAUGCCGUCAGCUGCAUUCUGGAGUGCACACUAAUUGCCGAAUUUUCUAUUCUCUAUGAACAAACUUUCCAUUUAUUCUCUGAAAUUCUGACGGACUUGAUGUAAACAUAUUCCGUUCAGUUCACUUUUUCUGCGUUGGAUUUGUUUCGACCAUCCAAAUCAGAAGCUCUGGAACGUAGAAAUUUUGUCUACAGAAAAAUAUUUAGGCGAAUAAAUCAUUCACAUUUCAUGUCAUUUCCGUUUCCUGUCAAUGACACUUUUGAAUAUUUCGUUGAACCUUCAAACGUUAACCAAGAUGAGCAGCAAAUAG